AGAGCGCGGAGGAGGAGCGGUCAGUGUCAGUAGUCGGCGGUACUGAGUGGUGCCAUUCUUCACCAAGAAAUGGAAGCUGACGAGACGCGUUCGAGCGAUACGAGCGCAAGCACGUUGCUGGUGUACGAGGAACUCGUCUACGAGGACGCGGUGACAGUUGUGCACGGUGCGUGCGCGUUUUAAGGUCUGUUAUGAUUUAGAACGCGCAGAGCGAGGCCGGUCGUCGACCAGCUGCGAAACCGGAGAGGAGUUCGUCGUAGAUGCGAGUGUCGAAUUAUUUCGCGAAUUGUGUGCGUUUCGGUUUGUCACGCCUAGUUACCGGGUCUGCGAGCAUCAUCCGCGAAGCAGAAGGUGAAUUGUGUGCGCGAACCUCUCUGGAUACGAGCCUGACAAGAUGUGGUGCCUCGUCAGUCAAGCUAAUUCCGUCAUCCUCGAGGUGCAGGUCGACCCUAAGGCCAUUGGGCAGGAGUGUCUCGAAAAGGUGUGCGAUUGCUUGGGUAUUAGCAAGGAGUGCGACUAUUUCGGACUCAAGUAUCAGAACGCGAAAGGCGAGGAAUUGUGGUUGAACCUGAGGAAUCCUAUAGAGAGGCAAACGGGUGGCGGCGUGGCGCCUCUGCGAUUCGCGUUGAGGGUUAAGUUCUGGGUACCGCCUCACCUGUUGCUGCAAGAAGCCACCAGACAUCAGUUCUACUUGCAUUCUCGCCUGGAACUGUUCGAGGGUAGAUUGAAAGUAUCGGAUUGGAGUUCUGUGGCGCGUUUGAUCGCUUUGAUAGCGCAAGCCGAUGCUGGUGAUUACGAUGCGCUAUCACCACCGCACGUACUCUACUCCCAGUGCUGUCAGAUACAACCGACGACGGAGCCGUGCGAACCGAAACCCCAAGAUUUCCUUCAUCGAAUAGUUCAACAGCACAAGGAGAUCAAGGGGAUGAAACCGUCUACCGCCGAGUACUGGCUACUAAAGGAGAUAUCCAAUCUGGAUACUUUCGGCCAGGAGAUGUUCCACAGUAAAUUUGGUUACAACGGAGUGUCGAUGAUUGGUGUCGGGCCACAUGGUAUCACGGUUUAUCGCAGUCACGACGAGGAAAUGCAAAAUAUACCUUACACGGCGAUACAAAGCGCAACGUCCCAGCGUCGAAUGUUUCAUUUGGUUUACCUAUCUCUCGACGGCGGGGAGACUUCGUUGAAUUUUAAAUUAGACUCGAGCCAAUCGGCCAGCGGACUUUACCGGGCGAUCACCGAGAAGCACGCGUUUUACAGCUGCGAGACCGUCAGGAGCGCUGUAACCGCCCAAUUUAUACGGGACUUGAAGGGUACCAUAAUUUCGAUCUUUAACGAGGACUCGACGCUGGGGAAGAAAUACGUGUUCGACAUUCGCAGGACGUGUCGGGAGGUGUACGACAACGCAAGACGAGCUCUCUACUGCGAGGCCGCGACCGUUAAUCUGCCAGAGGAGAAGGAAAUUUUGGAGAAGCACGACUGCGGGGACUGCGAGGAUCCCAAGUGCAAGGAAUCUCGGGAAUGCCUGGCGAGAUUAUUGGACGCGAUGCUGUGUCGCAUUUGCAUGGAUCGCAGUUUGGACACAGCCUUGUUCCCGUGCGGACACGCGGUCGCCUGCUUGGAUUGCGCCAGACGAUGCGAACGCUGUCCGCUCUGCCGGGCCGACAUCGACCAUUGUCGAACGAUAUAUCUCCCGAUCGAGUUAACGCACGUCGACAAGCACAACCCGAAAUUGCUCUCGGAAUCCAUCGAGCCUGGCUACGGGAACAACGGAUCGUCGAUGGAAGAGAUACAGAAGAGGAGUUUAGCGUCCGACGGCUCCGCGAUGGACGGUAAUAGUAUUUGAGAACGUCGACGAGGCAGGCUAGACGUCUUUCAAACAUUUUUAUUUCGAAUCUUGGCUCGUCGUCGGACCGAGAAAACGCGUUGAGUUUCGCUUUCUCUUUCGCGCUCGGUCUUGUCAUAUUUUUUUACAACGUAUUUUGACGAGAACCUGGAGGGUAUGUAGUUAAACUGUCUCGACACGUAACGAGCGAUUAUUUUCUACGACGUUUAGCGCGUCCCAGCAGAAGUGGAUGAGUGGACUUUUUUUGUAAUUUUUCAUUUUCAGUUUUAAAUAUUGAAAGAAACUUGGACGAUUGGUCGUUAUAGAAAAAUGCAAAAUCGUUGUCUUGACUUUCGCCUGUUUCCAAAUUACUAUCUCUCUGUCUAUGUAUUCGCGGUAACGUUAUGAUACCAAUUGUUGUUGUUGUUAUUAUUACUCGAUCGAACGAUAAUCGCUACAUGGUUAAUUGGGCAACCAAAAAGUGCUAUUAGCAGCAUUGAUCAUCGAAAAGCAGUGCUGCCAUUAUUUUCGACGAAGAGUAGUACACACAUUUGACCCUCCUUUUGGCGGUGAAAACGUACCGAGUAAAAGAGAAUCGUGUAAAAAAGAAGAAAAAAAUGUAAAAGGAGGGUCAGAUGUAAUUUUUAUCGACGCGCACAUUUUUCGUUCUUUCAUUUUUAUUGACGCUACGUUGUUGUUUUAUUCGAUAUCGUUCAAAAUACUUCCCGAUAUUUUUGUUCCUCCUAGAUAGAUAUCCCUUUUUUCUUCUUCUUCUUUCGUACGUAUCUGCUUUCGUUUAGAUACGCCGCCGGGAGCUGGGGAGAACAGUUUUAUUAAAACCAGUGACCCUUCGUAUCCUUAAUAUCGUAUACGUUGUUACGCAUAUGCGGUCUCGUCUACGAAUGGACUGCUAUAACGCUUCACCUCGUAACGGACGUUUCCUUUAAGGGAAAUAAGAAUCUCGUACGAUCGAUGUUCGCGACGUUCGCACGAUUUCUACGUAUUGUCGUUUUUCAAAUAGAUAUAGGCAAACCGGGAGGCUCGUCUCCUGAAACGUCCUAUACGAGGUGGGAACCUUGUUACGGUAAUAUCUGUUUAUAUGUACAUAAGAAACGAGAUAACCCGCGAUAGGGUCAAACGAGUAAAAGUCACGAGUUCACCAAAUGUCAAAUCCGAUUUAAUAAAGUCGGUGUGAAUACCAUCUUACGAGUACGGGAGUUGCGCUGAAACAAACGCGUAUGUUGAUCGAGCAGUGAUAGUUCGUUUCCUGGGGGGAGCGGACGAAAAAAGGCUGUUUCUGAAUAAAAAAAAAAUGAUGGCGCGAACGUUGGUUGUCGACGUGCGCGAAUAUUAACGGAAUGUAUUAUUUAUUAUUCUAUUUCUCGCGAAAAGGAAAGAUAUCGAUCGUUUGCCUCGACCACGAUCGGCGGCGCAGCUUUCAUCGUUACCAUUGUCGAAAUGUGGGUAGCGUUUUGUGAAUGUUGUAUGCGUGUCGACGAAAAAAAGGAAUGCUAGAAAGAAUGAGAGGCAAACAAACCGUUGUAGUCAUUUAUCAAUGCAAAUCAGAUCUAGUUUAUAAUUAUUUAUAAGGAGAAAAAAAUAUAUAACGCCGUUUUCGAUGCACGCUGUAUUACGUCUUUGAUAACGUCGACGACAUUUCUCGUCGAUUCAGCGUGCACUAUUUUCUUUCCCGACGCUAUUAGCGCUUUGUAACUCCGAUCUACGUUUCCCUUGAUUCGUUUUAGUAUUUUUGUACCUUACUGUUAAGGAAGCGGUGAUUACGUUGCUCCUUCGAUUCGAAUUCGGAGGGUUCUUUAGAGAAUGAAGCGACGGAUGCGCGCAUGGACAACUUCCGCGCGUUUCAAACGCGAGCGCAGUCGAAAAACGUUUUCUAAAUCGUAACAGUCGUCGGUCUUCGGGAAGAAACGAAUUUGUAUCACGGUUAUGCGUUUACUCGAUACAUAUGUACGUAAGUUUAAUGAUAAACGAUGUCGAUAACGUCGUUAUGUAAUAAAAACGUAAACCACAAAUUUUUGUGAUUAAAUCUCUGUAUAAAUGCGACGAGAAAAAGAAAAUUUGAAAUCAUAGUAAUUGUCGGAUUUGUAUGGUAGAAAAGGAAGAUAUCGAUGAUGAGGAUGGAUUUUUAAGAAUUAUCAUUUGCAAAGAGUAUUUUUAAAGUAUUUCCAAUUAUUUUUUAGUAUUGUAUCAGGAUCCCACUUGAACAGUGGCGUGUAUACAUAUGAGACCGACACGAUCUAUGAAGAAUAACAAUUUUUAGCAUUACGAUGUACAAUGUCCCAAACCUGUUGAUUAAAAAUACUAUGAAACAUUAA